AUGUCAAAAAUAUUUGAAGAUCAUAUUAUUCAAACAAUUGCCAGUGACGAGAAUACGAACAAUGAUGACGAUAUGGACAGAUUAGAGAAACUGAUAAUUGAACAUUUAUCAUCAGACAUUUCCAAAUUAGCAAAAUUAUUUGCAGCAUUCUCUACUGAAAUUAUUCAUUGUGAUAAAUAUGGAAUGGUUGAUUUAAAACCAUAUAAAUUAUCUGGCGUUAAUACUUCAGUAUUAAAUGCCGGAAUAUUUUCCAGAGCUGGUAACCAGGUUAAAUUAUCUCAAAUAAUAAAGCAUUUAAGAUUUCUAAAUGAUACUAAUUUUAUUGAAGAAUAUAAUAAAAGGAUUAAGCGGGUAACCAACCACAGUAACAUAUUUAAUAUUAUGAUCAAUUCCAUAGCAAGCAACUUGACACCUUUUGGUGGUUGUCCUACAAGAUAUGAUAUAACAUCGUUAGAUGAAAAUAUAUCAUUUGUUCAAUUACUUUAUCGAAAUUUAGGCGGCAAUGAUAUAAUUAAACAGAAUGCAUUCGAUCGGAUGGAUCCAGCCAUUUUACCAAGUUUGACAGAAAUGCAUAGAAACAUUAUUAAGUUUGUUCCUUUAGAAGAUAGCAAACUUGUAUUCAGGUUUGAAAAAGGUACAGUGUGGAUCACGAAACUUUACAUACAUCCACAUUGGAUUGAAACAUUGUGGAAUCUAGUAUUGCUUGAGAUGAGAUCAAAAUGCGAACCAAUAGUUGGUACUGUAACAUCUUUUUAUGCUGGUAUAAUAAAAAACAAAGAAGAUUUCAAUCUAGCCCAUCAGCUUGGCAUUAUUUAUAGUGGACCGAUGAAUUUCGCUCGAUUUCAUGAGAUUAUGUCUAAAAUUUCUGAAAUGAGUCAUUAUCUUUCAACCUUUAAAGGCUCAAUUCAGGUUAAAAAUCUCAUAUCAGCAGUGAGAGCAUCGCAAAACAACGCUCUUUUACAAUUGUACAUAAUUUCUGGAGAAAAUGUAUGGAUAAGAAUUAUUAACAUUUCUGCUACUAUCAUCUUGUUGCUUACUAUGCUGCAAACUAUUUUAUCAAUACUAUCUUACAAAUUGUUAUUAGAGCCAAGGAAUCAAUGCGAAUAA